UUCAAGAUGUCUGCGCCCAUAAAAUAGAAAUGUGAUCGAGGUUUUGCACAAUUUAUUUGACAUUUGUCAUCAAUUAAGAUAGUGGUUAAAUGUCAGUUUUAUUUUUAGUCAACUAUCACACAAGAUGCAUUGGAUUAUAAAUAGAAAAACUCGCCUGAGGACUUUUAUCAGGUGUAAGAAACAUUUGGAGUUCGUUUUGCAAAACUCGCCGAAGAGCUUCGUUCAUGUCAGUCGUUUCUUCAGCUCGCGAGCUGGCUUUGGCUCUCAGGGAGAAACUACAAAGCCGUAUUUCAUCACCACUCCCAUUUUCUACGUAAAUGCAGAGCCACACAUAGGUCACAUGUACACAGCCUGUUUGGCUGAUGCUAUUCAGAGGUUUCAGCAACUUCAGGGCAGAGACACCAUAUUCUGCACAGGGACAGAUGAACAUGGGCUCAAGGUUCAACAAGCUGCUGAAAAACACAAAGUGCACCCAAAGGCAUUUUGUGAUAGAGUAUCAGGAACUUUCAAGGUUUUGUUUGGGAAAUGCAAUGUGGACUAUACUGACUUCAUAAGGACAACUGAAGAAAGACAUAAAAGAGCAGUUAAUGAAUUCUGGAAUGUUCUUGUUGCUAAAGGCUACAUUUACAAAGGAAGUUAUGAAGGAUGGUACUCAGUGAACGAUGAAUGUUUUGUAUCUGAAGCACAAGUGCAGGAUGCUGCUGAUGGCAGUGGAAAAGUGUCUAUAGAAUCUGGGCAUCCAGUAGAAUGGAACCAAGAGGAAAAUUACAUGUUUCGCCUGUCUCUGUUCAGAUCCGAGUUAGAUAAGUGGCUGGAUGAAGAAGUGGUCCAGCCUUCAGUAUAUAAAGGUUUGGCCAAAUCUUAUCUGCAGAAUCUCACAGACCUUUCAAUAUCUCGUGGGAGAGAGCGUCUAUCGUGGGGCAUACCUGUCCCGGGCGAUGAUACUCAGACUAUAUAUGUCUGGCUUGAUGCCUUGGUGAACUACCUGACAGUGGGCGGGUACCCAGAGCAGGGAUUUCAUUGGCCAGCAGACUGUCAUGUGGUCGGAAAAGACAUUCUGAAGUUUCAUGCCAUUUACUGGCCAGCAUUUUUGAUGGCAGCUGGUCUGGACCCCCCAAGAAACAUACUCUGCCACUCACACUGGCUACGAGACCAGAAGAAGAUGUCCAAAAGUAAAGGCAAUGUAGUUAACCCAAUGGAGGUGAUGGACCGAGUCACCCCCGAGGGUCUCAGGUAUUUUCUGUUAAGGACAGGAAUGUUGGAAUGGGAUGCUGACUUCACAGAUGAGCGCCUUAUUGACGUUUUAAAUAGUGAACUUGCCAAUGUUCUUGGUAACAUAGUCAGUAGAGUGACGGCAAAGAAGUUGAACCCAAAGCACUGUUACCCUCCUUUCAUGCCAGAAGUCUGGGAAGAGUUUUGUCAGGAGGAAGAUAGGGUUCUGCUGGAAAAACUAAAAGAGCUGCCAGGUAAAUUUUUUUCUGUCAAGCUACUCUUGACGAUUGGUGAAGUUACCCAACAUUACCAGAAUUAUCACGUCCCACGAGCGGCAGAUGCCAUUUCAGAGGUACUUCAUCUUACAAAUCAGUUUCUCGACCGAAAUGCACCGUGGAAACUCAUCAAAGACCCCACCAAUGCUUGUCAUGUGAGCAAUAUUCUUCACAUCGCAACAGAGGCGUCACGUGUCAGUGCCAUCUUGCUACAGCCGAUUAUCCCAUGUUUAGCUGAUCAACUUUUGACUUAUUUAAAUAUCCCGCCCCGGGACAGAAUGUGGGACAGCGUGGGGAAGACUGUCACAGACCAACGAGCUUUUACGUCUAAACAAUAUAUCUUCUUUGAGAGGUUACAGUCUUGAUGCAUAGACAAAAUUAAGAGGAAA